AUGCAAGACACAGGGGCCACUGUUCCUCGAAAAAAAAGUUCAAAUGAACUGCAAAGUCGUUUUAAAACGAGGAAAUUAUUAGGUGUGGGUGAACUCGUUGGUGACAGCGGUAAUAUUUAUCGAUCUAAAAUUUCUCAACUUCUUGGAACUAAUGAGAGUUUAUGUAUUCGAUUGCCUCGGGGCCUUUUGUUAUGGAGCACAACGGUUACUGCUUAUCUCUUUUUAUCCGGGCUUAUGCAUUUAUUGAUUCCAUCUAUCGGAAGAUAUAUCGAAUUUGACUAUUCAUUACCACCUGACGAUACUUUUCAUAUUCGCAUGUAUGGUACUGCACUUCUUGCAUUCACUCUUAUUUUCUGGAAAAUAAUCAUCUUUAAUGAUAUUCAUCCCGAAUUAUCAAAUUUACUUAUUGCAUAUGCGACAUUAUUUCUAAUGCAAUUAUUAGUUGGCGUUUAUCAUGGAAGGUGUUGCUUUUUUCAUGCCAUAUUUCGUCUUUUUGCUGUCAUUGGCAAUCUUAUUUAUUGGUUAUUGUUGGAUAACAGGAUACCAUGA